UAUUAUAAAAGGCUUGAAUUAGAAAGUCUAGUAGAUCAGAAGUUUAUUUGAUUGAGAAAUAAAGAUGAUAAAAGUUUUAUUUUUGCUUGGGGUCACACUUUGCGGUGUUUUGGCCGACACAACCGAUAUUGUUUGUCCUGCUGUUGAUCCCCCAACUCCGGUGUAUUUUCCCCACGAAACGGAUUGUAGCAAAUUCUAUGAAUGUCACGAUGGUACCCCCCAUCUUCUGGAAUGUCCAGAUGGACUAGACUUCAACCCUGAAAUAAAUGUGUGCGAUUAUCCCGAACAAGCGGGUUGCAGGGGAAAAACUUCUUCAGAAAGUUCAAGUUCUGCUAGUACUCCAACUCUUGAACCUACCACUUCUAGUAGUAGUUCAGAAUCAACUUCUAGUAGUAGUUCACUUUCAACUAGUACAGGCCACUCAAACUCGACUAGUGCAAGCACGCGACCAACCCAUUCUACUAGUUCUACUCGCCCAACAAAGUCAACCAAACACCCAACCCAUUCUUCCAGACCCACAAGGACGACCAAAGACCCAACUCAUCAUACCAAAAGUACAAAACCCACCCAUUCGACCACUGAAAAACCCACCUGGAAACCUACUAGUAGUACCCACAAAACUACCACUGAUCACAAUUCCUCAAGUGAUGAUUCUGAUGAUUCAAGCAACUCUAGUGAUGAUUCCUCAAGUGAUUCCGAAGAUUCGAGCAAAUCUGAUGAUUCCUCACGGGAUUCUGAUGAUUCUUCUGACGAGUCUAACCACCACCAUCAUGACCAUCACCACCAUCAUGACCACCAUGAUAACCACCAUGAUGACCACCAUGAUGACCACCAUGAUAACCACCAUGAUGACCACCAUGAUAACCAUCAUGAUGACCACCAUGAUAAUCAUCAUGAUGACCACCAUGAUAACCACCAUCAGCACCACCAGCGACAUUUGGACGAAUCUGAAGAAGAUUUAACAGAAUCUAAUGGUUCCAAAUUUGACAAAACUAUACUUUCUAAAAUACUUUUUGAAGGAAUUGAUAGUCUUGCAGGAGAGGAAUGCACUUCUGAUUCUCUUUCUUCAGUGAAAGGUCAUCCUUACGACUGCACUAAAUAUUUGAAUUGCUACAAUGGAGUAUAUUUGGUGAAAACUUGCCCCCAAAAGUACAUGUUCCAUUCAAUUAUACGCAUUUGUGUUCCUCCCACUUAUGCCAAAUGUGAAACUUUGUAAAUAUAUAAUAAAAUCAAAUUUUUCUAGUAUUUA